AUGCCCGCAGGCACGCACACCAAUCCCCAGACUCCGCGCGUGCGCAAUGGGGAGCCCCAACCCGCCCCGUUGGCCACUCCCGAGCCCGCCUCGUCUAAGCGGGAUUUGACCUCGUGGUGGAGGCAGUUUAGCAAGCGCCCCGCGAAGAAGGACGACGACAAAGAUCAAGCCCUCCCCGGCAUCUUUGGCGUUCCCCUCAUCCAGAGCAUCCCCUAUGCCAAUGUCGCAAUCUCGCUCUUCAACGAGCACGGUGAGAGCUAUAUCUACGGCUACGUCCCCAUUGUCGUCGCAAAGUGCGGUGUCUUCUUGAAGGAAAAGGCAACCGACGUGGAAGGCAUCUUUCGGCUGGCCGGCUCGGAAAAGAGGAUCAAGGAACUUAAAACGGCCUUUGACACGCCGCCAAGAUAUGGAAAAGGCCUCGACUGGUCCGGCUACACGGUUCACGAUGCCGCAAACAUUUUGCGCCGCUACUUCAACAACCUGCCAGAGCCUAUAAUCCCCUUGCAGCACUAUGAUCCUUUUAGGGACCCCCUCAAGGGCCACCAGGCCGAAGCUGUUGGACCCUGCGAAGGACAGGCCCCGUCCAUCGGAGGCUUUGACCCAGACGCCGCCGUGCGCAUAUAUCAACACCAAAUUAAGGCCCUGCCGUCUCUGAAUAGACAGCUGUUGUUAUAUAUCUUGGAUCUUCUUGCGGUUUUUGCCGCCAAAGCCGAUGUUAAUAAGAUGACGACGUCGAAUCUCGCUGCUAUCUUCCAGCCAGGACUAUUAUCUCAUCCCCAGCACGAUAUGUCGCCGCAAGACUACCGCCUCAGCCAAGAUGUGCUGAUCUUUCUCAUCGAUAACCAGGAUCACUUCUUGAUUGGCAUGGAGGGCACAGCUGUCGACGAGGGUACAGUCCAGCGCAUUGAAAGCGGGCCAUCUACCCCACAGGCCAGAACACCAACCACUCCUGGCCGCAAUAGCACAGGUAUUGGUCGCUCAGCUUCGACAACUUCUAGCGCCGGUGCAGAGAGUCUGCGCAUGCAAGGUGGAGUUCGGAGAAAUGUAUCAACAUCUUCGAAGCGCUCUCGUCAUUCCGGGGCUGUCCCCAGCCCAAUUACUCCAGCAUUUGCUUCACCGACCACCUCAGGAGUGCACCGAAGCAACACACUACCUUCAAAGCGCACCCCAGCGAUCGGCAGCCCGCGCUUCCCUCCAUCGAAGCAAACUACUUCUACGGUGGAAGAAGUCAAGAACGAGCUUUUAGCACCAGAGACCGCAAAUGUCCCAGUGACCCAUGCUCACGCGAAACCAGAGGUUCAGCAACAUCCACACCAACUUGAGGCCUUACAGAGUACAGCACCUGCGGUAGAACAAACCGUAGCAACACAACCACCUGAACCUGAAGUGGCAGUGCCCAAACGAGCACAGACUGUCCCUCCAAAUAAGAUAGAGAUGCCGAAACCAUUCGAAGUUGCUUCUGGACCUAACAAUCUUACGCCGUCAACUGCACUCAACCGACGAAGCAUGCCUGCAGUCAGCCCUGGAUUGCAAAACAUGCCUGGUGCUUUCCCGCUUGCUUCACCUGGCGUCAUCCCACCAAGCCAGCCCACCACACCCAAUGUCACUGCACAGGCUGCACAGUCUCUCUUGCCUCCACGGUCUACCACACCUAGCAAUGGCCUUCGCAGUCCCCAACGCAGUCCUCAUCAUACACCUACGCGCGAACGCUCAGAAUUUCUCGAAGGGCCUGUCGAUUCCGGACCCGCAGUCGAAAUGACGCCUGCUGUGCGCACAUUUACCCAAAUUCUGUCAAAAGUAGGUGCCUCUCCUACUGGUAAAUCUGAUGACGGGAAGGAUGGCCGGAAGCCCAACAAGCUCCAGAAGAAGAGAUUGCCAAACACCGUGAGCCAAAGUACUCAUAGUUCUACGCAUUCUCUUGGUGGCAGUGAGGCUGGUUUUGGAGGAUCUCAAUCAGGCCAUGGCCCUCCCUCACCAUUACAUCCGCCCCAACCUGCGUUUGCACAAGGUCAGUCGCACUCUAACAGCUCCAAGGAAGCCAUUCACGACACAAACCCGUCAAAGGUUUCAGGCAACACUCUGAAGCCCAGCAUGUCGCCUUCUGCUUCCUUUAGGUCACAUUCGACCGCGACCGAAUACUCAGAAACCGAGUUGGCUGAAGAUGCGCCGAAAGAAGAGAAGCGUAGCUUCUGGAAGGGCCACCACCGACGCGGGGAGAGCAAGGCAACGCCUACAGCGAGCCAGACUGACCUGCGAGGGUCUGUGAUUGGCGCUGACAAGAGUAUGAGUUCGUUUACCAGCAGUUCGGGAUGGACAGGCAACGGGCGUCGAAGUGGUCAGUAUGAACAUGGGCAUGGGUCGGAAGGGUCCAUGGUAGUUGGCAGCCCGCCAGACUACGACAAGAGUGAAAAGAAGGGGGCUUUCGAUUGGUUCCAUAAGCGGAGGCAGGAUCACAGAGAUCGUGUAGACAGGAGGGAAAGGGCCAAGAGCCCGCCGGGAAGCUCAAACUAUGGGCCUCUGCCGCAGAAUCUUGCGCAGCAAAGUGAAAACAUUGCUGGUCGCGGCAGACCAUCAGAUAUACCGCACGCUAUGGAAGAGCCGCAGCCUAAAGCGGACAAGUCGAAUGAUGUCACGCCCACUGGUCCUAGCCCCUCGCCGCCGAUGGCGGCUGCUAAUACAUCAAGCCCUAAGCGAGGGAGCAACUCAAUGGCACUCAGGACAAACCUUCCUGCGGCGUUGACGGAACCUAUUUCCAUAGCGCGGUCGCCGGAAAGAAGUCCGCUGUCACCAGUUGCUGCAACGGUAGCUCAAUCGCUGCCAGGGGCUGCUGCAUCAUCCAUGACGAAUGCAGAAAGCGUGCCUGAAGCUAAGGCGGAUGCGCCGGUACAGUCAGAAGCUGCAGCUGCCGCUCCACCGCCUAGUGAACCAAAGUCGACACCGUCUGGGCCCAUGCAUGCUUCAUCGGGGUCUACAGUCACCAUCACGCCACAGACAAUGAAUGCAGACGCAAGCUCUGGUGCGCCAGUGACUGAGAAUGCACAGUCACCAACAGCAGCCGCCAGUCCACCAGCUUCAUAG